GGCUCAAGCUGUGGCAUUGAGAACAACCACAUAUGCUGUGUGUGGGACUUCUUGUCUUUGUGAGAGUGAAAACAUGCAGACACUAUGUAGCACUUAUAAUGCGGGAGGAACUUUCGUUGUGUGCGGGUCUGCGUUGGAUGUGCGUGCCCUCUGCAACCACUUCUGACUUCGUGGUGGGUGCAUGUCGGCCUUGGCACUUCCAUAGUUCGUGAAUAGCUUGCGCGGACUGUGAGCGUUCGUGCGCACUGAUUUCAGCGGUGUUGCCAAGCUGAUGGACGAGUGCCGGCAUUUUGUUUCCUCUUCGAGCACAGAAGAAGGAGUGAAAUACAAAACCUAAGUUGUGGAUACGAAUAUUUUGUUUGUUUACUCUUUGCAUACAGAUUUGUUAAUCGCUCAUCCUUGACAGAUAGCUUCCACAUUCUAUUCAUGCAUCUCAAAGUGCAUGGAAAUAUUCACUAGGGGCUUUGCCUUGAAGAAGCUGCUUAUAAGGCAGAGACGAACUAUCUUGAUGUUCAUAGACUUACCUUGGAAAUGAAAAGAAUGGGGUGCUUUCUUUUGUCUGUGUAUCUGAUAGGUCAUGUUUUAUGUCCGUUGGCUCAGUCCCGCUCUGCAGAUUUCCACUUAAAUGGGGAUUAUUUGUUAGGAGGACUUUUUGACAUUCACACCAGUAGCUCAGUUAGCCACGACAGACCAGAAGCUAUUGUCUGUUCCAGUCAAACCUUCAGUGUGCUCAGUUAUCGGAGGUUUCAGCUGAUGAGAUUCUCGGUCGAGGAAAUCAAUAACUCAACCAAACUCUUGCCCAAUGUGUCUCUGGGCUACAAGAUAUUUGACCACUGCUCAGUUGCGAAAAACUUCCCGGGUAUUCUUGACCUCAUUUCAACUGAUGGCUUGAUCCGACCUUGGAGGGAAACGCACCAGCAUGUGUCUGCACCCGCCGAUGUUGUGGCCGUGGUCGGUCCAUUUACAAGCACCGACAUCCUUGCAGUGGCGCCGCUCUUCAUGAUGGACCUCAUCCCACUGGUCAGUUAUGGAGCCGCCAGCUCGACUUUUUCAGAAAAAGCAAAGUAUUCGUCUUUCCUGCGCACUGUGCAUUCCAAUAAAGACACGGUCAAAGUGAUUGUAUCCAUUAUGAAGCAUUUCAAUUGGCGCUGGGUGGCCUUCCUCAGCAGUGAUGAUGCUUAUGGCAAUGACGGCCAGGAACUCUUCAUCAAGAUGAUCAAGGACACCCCCAUAUGUCUGGCGUAUACCAACAAGAUCAAACAAAGCUCAAAUUACUCUGUAAUGUUCCAGCAGAUUGAAGCGCAGAGGAUAACCACUAUUGUUGUUUUUGCCCCCAAAAUCCCCGCAGAACAUCUCAUUGAGUCGGCGAUACUGGUAGGCGUCACCAACAAGGUUUGGAUAGCGGUGGAAACCUGGUCCUUGAGUGAGAAGCUCCCAAAGAGAAAGGAUAUCCAAAAAAUCGGAACAGUUCUGGGGGUGUCUCAGCCUGUGUUGGCAAUACCUGGUUUCAGCGAAUAUAUGCUGUCUUCCAAAAAGAAACAUCACUCUGACGAUGCAGACAGACGGCGGUUUUGCAAUCAAGUUUGCAACUGCUCCGACCUGAAUGCACAGGACAUCAUCUCUAUGGACCCUUCUUUCUCUUUUGCCGUUUAUUCAGCUGUGUAUGCCAUCGCUCACGCCUUGCACAACGUCUUGCAAUGUCAUAAGGACACAUGUGACAGGAAUAAUACAGUAUAUCCACACAAGGUUCUGGCAGAGCUGCAGAAGUCAAACUUCUCCCUUUUAAACCAGAGUAUUCAGUUUGAUGAGCAUGGCGAUCCCAAGUUUGGAUCUAUUUUUAUCGUCUUCUGGAAUCAGAGGGGUGACAUCAAGGAGGUUGGAUUUGGUGAAUUACUCUCCUCAGGGAACUUUUUCAUUGAUGACAGCAAAAUUCAGUGGCAUGGAAAUGGGAUGGUUCCGACAUCUCUGUGCUCUCAGGAGUGUCCUGUAGGAUUUGCAAAGAAGCAAGAUGGAAUUCACAAGUGUUGCUUCACAUGUGAGGAAUGUCCCAAUGGAACCUACAUCAACAUCACAGAUGAUCCAUACAAGUGUGUGGAGUGUAAGGAGACGGAGUGGUCCACAGCAGCCAGUACAUCAUGCACUCUGCGACAGGUGGAGUACGCCUCAUUUCAAGACAGCGGUGCUAUACUGAUCUUAGCGGCCACCUUGAUCUUGCUGGUUCUGGUGCUGGUCAUGUGUGUCAUUUUUGCCCGUUACUACAACACACCUGUUGUCAAGUCCGCUGGUGGUGUCAUGUGCUUCCUGAUUUUGGGCUGCCACUGUCUCUGCUGUCUGAGCAUUGUCUUCUUCUUUGGCAAGCCCACUGGCCUAUCAUGUCUCUUAAGGAUGUUGCCUUUUUCCUUGUUGUACUGUACGUGCAUCGCAUGUUUUGCUGUGCGUGCUUUCCAGAUUGUUUGCAUUUUUAAAAUGGCAGCCAAGUUUCCCAAGCUCUACAGCUGGUGGAUGACAUAUCACGGGCAAUGGCUCGUCAUUUCAGGGACAUUUGUGAUUCAGUCUCUCCUACAUGCCAUUGGUGGUCUUUAUUCUCGUCCCAAACCAUACAAUGACACGCAGUGGUCUCCAGACAAAAUCAUACUGACCUGCGACUUCAAUUUCUUGAGCACUUAUGGUCCUGUGGCCGUGGUCGUAUGUUUGUGCGCACUCUGCUUCAUUUUCUCCUACAUGGGGAAGGACCUUCCCAAAAAUUACAAUGAGGCCAAAGCCAUAACCUUCUGCUUACUCCUGCUGACCCUCAACUGGAUCAUCUUUACCACAGCUUAUAUGCUUUAUAGAGGCAAGUAUAUCCAAAUCCUGAAUGCUUUGGCGGUGCUCUCCAGCAUCUACUCCUUCGUCUUAUGGUAUUUCCUCCCAAAAUGUUACAUCAUUAUAUUUCAACCCCACAAAAACACACAGCAGUACUUCCAAGGCCUGAUCCAGAACUAUACUAAAACAAUUAGCCAGUAAGCACCCUUGUUGACACACUUUCUCCAUUUCGAACUAGCGUCACUAACCGAGGUUCAUUUGCUAACCGAAUCAAUCAAAAUCAUCUGCGCUAUUUUCUCUUUAUUGGUAUCACUGCGUUCCACCUCCCAUCACAUGUUUCACAUUGUUUACUGCUGGCAUAGUGAAAGUAAACAUGUCCAACUGCAAAAGGGGGAACAAAGGGAUCGAUCAGGAGCGAACUCUUUCACUUUGUCGGGAGCUCAGGAGGACAAGGAAAGAGAUUUAGCCGUCCGGAGCUCCGGUGACUGAAUUCUAUUGAUUGAUUUAUUGUUAAUCCAAUUCUAUUCUGUUUAAUAUACUUUGAAUACAUUUUGUAAAUCUAAUGUCAGUUUGUGAGUCUUUUUUUCCUUCUCAUAACAAGAGAGUAAAGAACA